AUGGGUCUCCCACUUCCCGAAAAGCUCAAAGGAACCUGCGCUACUCUAGGAGCUCUAAGCAUCUUUACGUUCAUCCUACGCUGUUAUGUGAUACAUAUGUGGUACACCGGAACUCUACUUACAGGUAUACACUACGGGACUGGUCAACGAACAACAGACAUUUCAGUACAAGAUUCAGUUCACGCCAUGCGUUGCUGGUGGCUCUGCUUCCUUGCGUAUGCGUGCUCCAUUACGUUGGCAAAAAUUUCCGCCGGCUUCUUCUUUCUCCGCAUUGCUGGCGUCAUGAGAUUCCAUCGCAUCGCAACAUACGUCAUCACCCUCCUCGCCGCAGUAGUUGGCUUCGUAUUUCUCUUUGUUAGCAUGUUCCAAUGCAGCCCAGUCGAUUUCUUCUGGACCAGGUUGCAAGGAGAAACGAAUGGCAGGUGUAUUGAUAUAGAGGUGAUCAUCAAGCUCACCUAUCUAUACGGGACUGUGACUGCUUUGACGGAUGUCGCCUACGGAGUUCUGGUGGCUGUUUUGACUUGGAAUCUGCAAGUUGAUCGGCGGACAAAGAUGUUGAUUGCUCCAUUGUUGGCUAUGGCUUGCAUAGCGAGUUAUGCUGCGCUCGUGCGUAUGCCAUACAUUAAAAACUUCAGAAAGGCAGACUUCUUGUAUGCCACUGUGGACAUUUCCCUUUGGUCAACAGUCGAAGUCGGCGUUUCUGUCUUUGCAGCAAAUCUUGCUACGUUGCGGCCUUUGAUCCAUCACAUUACCCAAGGAGGUCGAUCUUGGUCAUUGCGGAGCAACAAGCGUGCGAAUCUUGCGCUUGAUAUACAAGAGCUUCACUGUGUAAACAUCAAUUUUGACGACAAGAAAAGUUCAUGUGGAAGCCGUCAUGGAUCUGCGGGAAAGGAUGAAGAGGACGAAGCGGAGAGCACGCGAAGCCUGACUAGAUCGACUAAGGAGAAGGUGUAG